GGAGCUCAUUGUUACGGUGCGGUGCGGUGCCAGUCGGUCGUUAAGUUUUUGUUUGAUUUGUUUAUACUCGCGAAGACUCGCUUCGCCUCUUUCGGCUCGUACGCAAAACUCGUUUACGUUUGACACAUAAAACCCCAUUAAACAUGGAAGCACUAGGCGAUCUUUUGGCACCCCACAGUGAGCUCAUUGCGAAGGUAGCCGGCACAAUUACUACCAUGCAAUUUCUAUCCGGUGUCGUUCUCAUCAACGACAUCCGUAAGAAAGGCAGCAGUGAUGUUUAUCCAGUCGGACCGUUUCUAGGCGGCGUGGUACUAACGGUUCUCAGUUUAAAGCUGGCCACUAUCAUGAAUGAUGCUGCCAUGAUAAACACUAAUUUAAUUGGAUUGGUUAUUAACUUUUUGUUUCUUGGCGGAUUCUACUACUAUGCCUCCAUUAAGAGAAAGGGGAACAUCUGGAAGCAGAUUGGAUACGCUUCCCUAUUCCUGUUGGUCUGCACUGCAUAUGCAAACUUUGAGGAUCCAAAGAAGAUUGAGUUCCGUUUAGGAAUGCUAAUCACGGGAAUCCUUGUGUGGCUGGUGGGCUCACCACUGCUACACCUUCCUAAAAUCAUUGAAAAGAAGAGCACAGAGGGCAUGCCUUUUCCAAUUAUAUUGUCUGGUAACCUUGUCGCCACCUCUUGGAUGCUGUACGCGAUUUCCAUAAAGAAUACUGUGAUGGUGCUGCAAAAUUUGUUACUUCUGGUCUUGGGUGGAAUUCAGCUGUCUAUGUUUGCCAUUUACCCAAAUAAACCAACUGCCAAGAAGACGGCGGCCAAGAACGACAGUAAGAAGGAUAAAUAAUUGUUUGAGCGGACUAAAAAUGGAUUACCACAUCACCAAUUAAUAUGUAGCUAGGAUCGAGAAAUAUUCGUAUUGCAUAUUGCCUGAAUUUACACUAAACCGCCAAAACAUAAUCAAAAAACUUAUUGAAAUUCUUCCUAUACAAAAUAUUUUUCUACAUAUAUGACCGGCCGGCUUUAGGGCAGGUGGAGCGGGGCGGGCGCCAAAGUACCCACGAGGAUUAUUUUUUUAAAAGUCUUCCUGCAUCAUUGGCUGAAAAAAAACAUAGUAGAACUGGAAGAAAAAUAACAGUAAGGGGCGCCUCGCCUAUAUAACGCCCGGCCGUCAUUAGACCUAAAGUAGGCCUUGUACAUAGCUACUAAGUACUUGCAAUUUUUGACAAUAAUUCAAAUCUUCCAAUGCAUAUUUAUAAAUAAAAAUAGUUAAAC